UCUUCCGGACAGACGUAAUAACAAGGCCUCAAAACCAAUACCUCGGAUCACGACCUUAGCCAUGUCUACCGGUAACGUCAAGGGUAAAGGCAAGCGGCAAGAGGGUGCACCAUCUAGUUCCAGCAGCAGAAAUCUUAUGCCACCUCCACCUCUCCCUCGUCCUAGAAACCCAUCAGCACCCCAAUCCACUAACCCAUCCGUAAUUCAACAUGAUUCUCCGUCUCCAGAACUUCAACAAGAACUGUGGAGAAUCACAGACAAAAUCAUUUCGGCUGAGGCUUACAUCGACCCGUUUUAUUCAAGUUUCGUCAACGAACACCUGAACUCUCUCCCCACGAACACCCUGAGCUUUCUUCUUGCUGGUCCUACCCCUGAGCAUCAAGCUGAAAAACAGGAACUUUCAACAGGGCAUAGCAAUGACAGAGAGUCUCCUAUCUCCGAGGAAUUGGUAGAUAAUAUUCUCAAUGACCCUGCUCUUGCGCGCGAAGGUAGCCAACAAGAACCUGCAGCAGACCGUGGCAGUGAGCUCCCACGUGUUACUUUGAUACCCCAGGCGAUUAAUCAACAAUUGCGUCUGCUUCCUUUGGAUUCAUAUAGACCUCACCUUAAGGAAGAGUCACUCAGACAGAUCCUCCCACCUGAUGGUCUUGUACGAUAUCGAAGCCAAUCUCCUGAGACAAAGACCGAAGGAAUUGUGUCUGGAAACACUGCACCACUGCCACCACUGCCACCACCGCCAUUUCUAAGCUCUAAUGAUCCAGAUGUCCCUAUCCCGAUGCCUGGUAUCAACCAGUUCACUAAGCCAUGGAGAAUUUCCCGAAGGUGA